AUGUCUCGGUCAAAUAGCUGGCUAUGUUCUAUCUGCACGCAGGUCAUCCAGACUAGCAGUGGUCGGACCGGUCGUGACGCCACAAGCAUGCCGCCAGGCCAGAGUUUGGAACGUUUUCGAAAGGCUGCCGCUGAUGAUUGCUUUAUAUGCUCUAAAGUAUGGAAUCUCUCCCAGCAGCAUCGGCGAGCGUGGGAUUGUCUGCCCCCGGAAAGUUGGAGUCCAUUCUACUACAUCAUCGAUAAAGAAGAGUAUCCUAAGAAUACGCUGUAUCAAAUCAGAGUCUGGAUCCUCUACAAUGACCCGACGCGAGAACAAAUAGAGCAGGCCACCGACGUUCGUUUCAGGUUGAUACCGUCAAUAGGAAGUGAAUACGAGAACUUAUUCGUGUUCUCGGACAUCGAAGAAAGCACCGGAUCUUCACAAACCCUUGACUUGGCUUAUUCCUGGUUUCGCGAGUGCACAUCUCGCCAUACAAGGAAGUGCAAGGCUCAUCCUGGACAGACAGAGGGCUGGCUUCCGUCACGUCUUAUAGACAUUGGAUCUCAUGGGGAUACGCAAUGGAAGCUUUUGAUCACAAGCACAGAUGCGAUUUUGUCUGAAUCUCUUCUGUAUCUGACUCUGAGCUACCGCUGGGGAGACGAUGUCCAGCACGAGCUCUUGACAUCGUCCACAAUGAGCCAAUUUCGACAAGGAGUGGAGAUCUCUAGUCUGCCCAAAACAUUCCAAGAUACAGUUAUUGUGGCACGGCGAUUGGGAAUUCGAUACAUAUGGAUUGACUGCCUAUGCAUCAUUCAAGACUCCCGAGACGAUUGGGAGGCUGAAGCUCCUGAGAUGCGGCAUGUAUACGCAAACGCGGCUUGUAAUAUCGCCGCUUCUGCGUCAUAUGACGCUGAUGGAGGACUUUUCCGGUCUCGAGAUGGGCGAGACAUUCGGCCUGGUUUGGUCACCUCGACUCUAGCGUCAGGUCACCCUGAAACAUUCUAUAUCUUUGAUAAAAGCUAUUGGGAUCGCCACCUUCUCGGGGGUUCACUUCAUCGCAGGGGAUGGGUCUUUCAGGAACGUUUUCUGGGGCCGCGCCAGCUCUACUUUACACAACAUCAGGUUCUGUGGGAGUGUCUUGAGGAACAUAAGUGUGAGGGCUUUCCUCGAGGGAUUCCCCUCCAUACAUCUUUCAAGGAUACCGAACGACUACUUAAGCCAUUUGAGGAGAGGAAACAACUGGAUAAAACACAGAAACAAGGGGUUGACGACCACGUCAUGGCUUUCGACGCGCUGGAACUAUGGCGCGAUCUUGUAACGGCCUAUUCUCAAUGCCGCUUCACGAGGCCAGAGGACAAGCUCUACGCCUUUUCCGGCAUCGCCAAGCUCUUCCAGGAGGUGACCGGUGACAGAUAUCUCGCGGGUCUAUGGCGGUCACGAGUCUUACAUUUGCUGAAUUGGACCGUCUUCACUCCAAGGCCAAGGCUGUCAUCUCAAUAUUGGGCGCCUUCCUGGUCUUGGGCAUCGGUAGAUGGGCCUUUUAAGAUGCAUAUGACCGCGGCUGAUUACCACUUUCAGGUUUCAGUCCUAGAUGUGGAUGUUACAACAAGAAGCGGGAAACAAGAUGUUGUCGACGUUACCGGAGGAUACAUUAAGUUGAGGGGUCCCUUGAUCGCUGGACACUAUAGCCAAGAGUCGAUUGACGGACAGAUAUUGAUUCGGUUGAAAGACAAAAACGCCCAUCCGAUCUCUGUGUUGCCCUUUCCAGACACUACAGAAAUCCAAUUUAAGGGGCGUGGUACAAUCAAUUUCCUAGUUCUUAACGCCCAAGAGCGCAAUUGCUCGGUUAAUGGGGACUCAACGUAUACCAAGGAAACCGACCUCAUUUGCAUUAUCUUAGCUCCUGUAAGUGAGCUGGACCGCAUUUACAAGAGAAUAGGAUGGUUUUCGGACAGACAUCGCAAAAGGUUCUCUGAAAUAGAACUCGUUGCAGCCUACCAGCAACACGUGGAGGACAUAAUUAUUAUUUAG